AAGACUUCCGGCUUGCUUUGUGUUGUUGGCUGUCGCGAGUGUCGGUUGCCAGGGUGAGGAUGGAUCACACCUCUUUAGCAGAUAGAUAAACUCACAUUUCUAUCUCUCUAAAACACAUCACAAAACGCAUAUCUAUACACCCAGACAACGACGAUUAGGAAAUAGUGCCAUCACAACGGUGCCAACAGUGGGAUGGAGAGGAGUUCAUUGCUUGACUUCUCUUAAGAUCAUCAACAGGACAGGAAUGAGAGAGUAAGGGAUCCAAGCACGAGAGGGCUGUCUAUUAGUACUGUGAUUCUCUGAGUGACGGUGACCCAGGAUGAACCGCUAUACAACACUCAAGCAGCUUGGCGAUGGGACCUAUGGCAGCGUCCUAAUGGGGAAAAGCAAUGAGUCUGGAGAACUAGUGGCCAUAAAGAGAAUGAAGAGGAAGUUCUACUCCUGGGAGGAGUGCAUUAAUCUGAGGGAGGUCAAGUCACUGAAGAAGCUGAAUCAUGCUAACGUGGUGAAGUUAAAGGAGGUGAUACGCGAGAACGAUCACUUGUACUUUGUUUUUGAAUACAUGAAAGAAAACCUCUACCAGCUCAUGAAAGACAGGGAAAAUAAGAUGUUUACUGAGAAUGAAAUAAGGAACAUCAUGUUUCAAGUUCUCUCUGGUUUGGCAUUUGUGCACAAGCAUGGAUUUUUUCACCGGGACAUGAAACCUGAGAAUUUGCUGUGUAUGGGUCCAGAACUUGUGAAAAUUGCUGACUUUGGAUUGGCUCGAGAGAUUCGCUCUCGGCCUCCUUACACAGACUAUGUCUCUACUCGAUGGUAUCGAGCUCCAGAGGUGCUCCUGAGAUCGCCUGUGUAUAGUUCGCCUAUAGACAUCUGGGCAGUGGGCUGCAUUAUGGCUGAACUUUACACAUUGCGACCACUGUUUCCGGGCAACAGUGAGGUGGAUGAGAUUUUUAAGAUCUGCCAGGUUCUUGGUACAGUUAGAAAGUCAGACUGGCCAGAGGGUCAUCAGUUAGCUGCUACAAUGAACUUCCGCUUUCCUCAGUGUGUUCCUACACCUCUAAAAACCCUAAUACCCAACGCCACCAAUGAGGCUUUAGAUCUCAUGAGAGAUCUUCUCCAGUGGGAUCCAAAGAAAAGACCGUCUGCUGUAAAGGCACUCAGAUACCCAUACUUCCAAGUCGGACAGGUUCUGGGCCCCCGUCCCAUGACCCCUGAUGCACCGAAGACUCAGAUAAAGACGGCAGGGUCAAGUGAACACAGAUCAGAGCUGCAGUCUUUUUCAGAACCAGUGCUCCCAUCUCAGGCUAAAGCUCAGAGCAGAGGCUCCCAUCAGCCACUUCAGCAGAUUCCUCUGCCUCAAUCUCUUUCUCAGACAGAGCGGCAAGCUGACCCUCUCGCUCCAUAUAAACAAAAGGUGGUCGGAGGUGAGAACAGCUUGAUUGGGUUAAAGAAUGGACGAAGAAGGUGGGGACAGACCAACAUGAAACCCUCUGACAGCUGGGAUGAGUCUGACUGCUCUGAUACGGCAGUAUCCAUCUCAAAAAAACCCAGCAAAAAAGCCCCUGAUGAGAAAACUCCUCCACAGCCCAGGGACCAGAAACCCAUUUACACAUUUAGCACUGUUACUAAACUACCAAACACCAGCAAACUGAACCAGCCGGACUCUUGUCAACUAACCACCUCCUUAGCCAAAGAACAUUAUCUGCGGCAGUCCAGAUACCUGCCAGGUUUAAUAAGCAAAAACACAUCAUCAGUGAGCAACAAGGAGAUGGAUAAAGACUUGUGGGACACGUCGGUUAUGCACAAACCCCUCGCACCCAUUGGAGGAGCACCCAUGUCCAGAAUUAUUCCAGUGGAAAGCAGUGGUAAAGCCACAGAUAAAGCUAAAGAAACAACACUAGAGAAAAGUGAACAGAUUAAAGGAAACUUUGUAACUACCACAUACAAUCUAUCUGGACGAUAUAUCCCAUCUUUCCAGAAGAAAGAAGUGGGAUCAGUAGGACAAAGAAUUCAACUCACCCCACUCGAAAACCAGCAUGCACUUGAUCUCUCUGCCACUGCUGAUUCUAAAGCUGGCAAAGCUAAAUCUACAAAGUCCAAACCUUCCUCUUCAGUUUCGCUCACUGAAAGCUCUGAAGAUUAUGAUGGAUGGAAAAGGAGAGCUGACAGAACCCAACUCAAAGGAUCGAUUUACUCAGCUCUGGGCAAAAACUCUGCCAAUCUUGUCUCUCGUGCCGCACCGGUUCAGUCAGUGCAUGGACGGGUCGACUGGGCUGCAAAAUAUGGAAGUCACCGAUAGAGCUUCCACGCCAUGAGGACUGAGGCCCAUUCAACACUCGUGAAUACUGAAUAAAUACAUUGGCUGCUUAUAACAUGAUGUUCUGGAGAGAAGCAGCUAGGAUAGGUCCACACCACCUCUAAACUUCAGGCUCAUGGCCGCUCAAAUAGAUUGUGAAAUGUUGACAAAAAAAAUUCACUCUUCACGGUUCAUUCUUGUUCAGUCAAUGCAUCUAAUGCCUGCAUUCCAUGUUCUUCUCUUUUACAAUGUAAUAGGUAGACUACAGUAUAUGCACCCAAAUAUUUUUGUAAUAUAAACUUUUUUGGCAUUUUUAAGUAUGCAGUUUAUACUUAUUUUUCUUUCUAAAUUUCAAAUGUACAUUUUGAUUCUUCCUGCAAGGUUAUUUUUUAUAUUUUCAUGUAUUAUUAAACAGCCUUCUACCAGUUUUUUCUGUAUCCAAAGAACUGUCAUGUAAACUGUCACUUGAACAUAUGUAGAUACUAGUGACUGUAAAUGGGUUUAACCUAGCUGAAAUUAAAAAAUAUUUUGUAA